UGAUCAGUUCAGGGGCCCGGGGGGCCAGACAGCUGGGCUAGGGAGCUGAGAAGGCAAAAGAAUGCCGUUUCCCCAGCUCUCCUGGGGGGAUCGUUCUCUUCUUACAAAAGAAACGCGACGGAGGAGCAAUGAGGAUGCUGCCUCUGCAGCCCCCAGGUCCUGGUGAUGAGGGAUGCGGCCGUCCUCCUCCCCGGCUCCAAGAUGCUCUCUGUCCCCAGGCACCAUGAGCAAAAUCGGCGAAGUCGUGCAGCGGGCCAGGGCCGCCUUCAACUUGGGCAAGACGCGCCCGCUGCAGUUCCGGAUCCAGCAGCUGGAGGCGCUGCGGCGCAUGAUCAAGGAGCACGAGAAGGACAUCGCGGGCGCGCUGACAGCGGACCUCCACAGGAACGAGUGGAACGCCUACUACGAGGAGGUGGUGUAUGUCCUGGAAGAGAUCGAACACGUGAUCAAGAAGCUCCCCGAGUGGGCUGCGGACGAGCCCGUGGAGAAGACUCCGCAGACCCAGCAGGAUGAGUGUUACAUCCACUCGGAGCCCCUGGGCGUGGUCCUCAUCAUCGGCACCUGGAACUAUCCCUUCACUGUCACGGUCCAGCCCAUGGUGGGCGCCAUCGCUGCAGGGAACGCGGUGGUCAUCAAGCCCUCGGAGCUGAGUGAGAAUAUGGCGAACCUGCUGGCCACCGUCAUCCCUCAGUACCUGGACAGGGAUCUGUACCCGGUGAUCAAUGGGGGCAUCUCUGAGACCACAGAGGUCCUCAAGGAGAGAUUUGACCACAUCCUAUACACCGGGAACACCGCUGUGGGCAAGAUCAUCAUGAUGGCCGCAGCCAAGCACCUGACCCCCGUCACCCUGGAGCUAGGGGGCAAGAACCCUUGCUAUGUGGACAAGGACUGUGAUCUGGAUGUCGCCUGCAGACGCAUCGCCUGGGGGAAAUUCAUGAACAGUGGCCAGACUUGUGUGGCCCCGGACUACAUCCUCUGUGACCCCUCCAUCCAGAACCAAAUUGUGGAGAAGCUCAAAAAGUCCCUGAAAGAGUUCUACGGGGAGGAUGCCAAGAAGUCCCGUGACUACGGAAGGAUCAUUAACUCUCGGCACUUCCAGAGGGUGAUGGGCCUGAUGGAGGGUCAGAAAGUCGCCUAUGGAGGCACUGGGGACGCGGCCACCCGAUACAUCGCCCCCACCAUCCUCACAGACGUGGACCCCCAGUCCCAAGUGAUGCAGGAGGAGAUCUUUGGGCCCGUGAUGCCCAUUGUGUGUGUGCGCAGCCUGGAGGAGGCCAUCCAGUUCAUCAACCAACGGGAGAAGCCCCUGGCCCUCUAUGUGUUCUCUCUAAAUGACAAGGUGAUUAAGAAGAUGAUUUCGGAGACCUCGAGCGGCGGCGUGACGGCCAACGACGUCGUUGUCCACAACUCUGUGCACUCCCUGCCUUACGGGGGUGUGGGGAACAGCGGCAUGGGGUCCUACCACGGCAAGAAGAGCUUUGAGACCUUUUCCCACCGACGCUCUUGCCUGGUGCGGCCUCUGCUGAACGAUGAGUCCCUCAAAGCCAGAUACCCCCCAAGCCUGGCCAAGAUGACCCGUCACUGAAGUGCUGCACCUGGCUGGCCUCCCCGCGCCGCACCCCUGCCCCUCUGUCCAGCCCUGGGAGAAUUGCUCCCGGAGCCCCCCUCUUGCUCUCCUGAGGAUCACUGCAUGCCCCCACUCCCAUCUGGGCCCCGGGCCUCACUUCCCCAAGUCCCCGCCCCCUCGCUGGA